AUGGCGGGGGUGCCGGCGGCUCUGCUGAGCCUUGUCCUGCAGCUCACCAGUCUGGCCCCAUCUCCAGGGAUGCACGGAGUUGGUGCCCUUCCAGGGGAUCCCCUUCAGCUUACUGAACCCCAGGACCUCCUACAGGCCCACUCUUUAGCCCCUCUUGGGGGGCCCCAGAAGCUAUGGCGCCGCCUAAUGGAACGUCUGGAAAGGCUGGAGAGUGCAGUAAAGGAGCUCAAGGCAGAGAACCUGGAGCUGCAGGCGAGGCUGCGGCGGCUGGAGGCCUGUGAGUGCCGCCCAGCCGCCCUGGCUGCAGCUGCUCUCCAGUGCUGGAACUUGGGGCGCGCCUGGCCCGAGGGCGCUCGAUGGGAACCCGAUGCCUGCACUGCCUGCGUCUGCCAUGAGGGGACUGUGCGCUGUGAGCCCAAGGCCUCAACGCCUCACUGCCUGGGUUGCAGCCACAGUGGCCAGACCUAUCACCACGGAGAGACCUUCUCCCCGGAUGCUUGCACCACCUGCCACUGCCAGGCAGGGAUGGUGCAAUGCGGAAGGCCCCCCUGCCCAGAGCUGAGCUGCCUGGAGAGCUACAUCCCCCCUGCAGAGUGCUGCCCCGUGUGCCGGCCAGGCUGUGAGUAUGAGGGGCAGCUCCAUGAGGAAGGAGCCAACUUCCUGUCUAGCUCUAACCCUUGUCUGCAGUGCUCCUGCCUGAAAAGUCGGGUUCGCUGUGUGCCCAUAACGUGCCCCCCCAGUGCCUGCUCCAAGCCUGUCCUUCAGCCUGGGCACUGUUGCCCGACCUGCCCAGCCCUAGGCUGCACUCAAGGUGACUCUCACCUGGAGCAUGGACAAGAGUGGACUGUCCCUGGGGACCCCUGCCAGAUCUGCAGGUGCCUGGAAGGCCAUGUCCAGUGUGGUCAGCGGGAAUGUGCCAGCCUCUGUCCAUACCCUGCCCGGCCGCUGCCUGGCACUUGUUGCCCAGUGUGUGAUGGCUGCUUCCUAAAUGGGCGUGAGUACCAUAGUGGGGAGCCAGUGGUCUCCGGGGAGCCCUGCUCGCACUGCCACUGUGCCAACGGGAGCAUCCAGUGCCAGCCCCUUCCAUGCCCUCAAGUGGCCUGCAGACAUCCGGGCAGGAUCUCCGGGCAGUGCUGCCCAGGCUGUGAUGGCUGUGAAUUCCAGGGCCUCCAGUAUCGGAGCGGAGAGACCUUCAGUCUCCACGAACAGGGACGCUGCAUCAGUUGCUCCUGCCAGGCUGGUGAAGUCUCCUGUGAGGAGCAGGACUGCCCGGUUGCCCCCUGCACUCCAUCUUCUGACUCUGGCCUCCAGCUCUGCCAAGCCUGUGUGCUCGAUGGUGAGGAAUUUCCGGAUGGGGUGCAGUGGGAACCCCAUAGCCAGCCCUGUACCACCUGCUCCUGUGAAGAUGGGUCGCCUUCGUGUCGGGCUGUGCUCUGCACUCCAGCAGCUUGCGAGCACCCCACCCAGCCUCCGGGUGCCUGCUGCCCAAUCUGUGACAGCUGCACCUACCGAGGCCACAUCUUCACCAAUGGGCAGGAUUUCCGGGAUGCUGACCAGCCAUGCCAUGCCUGCUACUGCCAGGAUGGGACCGUGCACUGCUCCCCGCUCCCCUGUCCCCCUAUCAGCUGCUCCAGGCCCGAAAGCACCCCCGGCCAGUGCUGCCCCAGGUGCCCAGAUUGCAUCCUGGAGCAGCAAGUGUUUGAAGAAGGCCAGAGUUUUUCGCAUCCCCGAGAUCCCUGCCAGGAAUGCCAGUGCCAGGAUGGUCAAGCCCACUGCCAGCCUCGGGCCUGCCCCAGCGCCCCUUGCGCCCACCCGCUGCCUGGCCUCUGUUGCCCAAACGACUGUGAGGGCUGUGCCUUUGGUGGCAAAGAAUACCCCAAUGGAGCUGACUUCCCACACCCCUCUGACCCCUGCCGCCUGUGCCACUGUCUGAAUGGACAUGUGCAGUGCCUGGCCCGCCGUUGCCCACCCCCAUCCUGUCCGGAACCACUCUUGCAGCCUAAGGAGUGCUGUCCACAGUGCCCGGCUGCCCUUUCCAGCUGCCCACUGCCCGAAGGUGUGGGGACGCUCCGCCAUGAGGAGUCCUUCUCCCCACCCGGCAAGCCCUGCCAUCGCUGCGUGUGCCUCCAUGGUUCUGUGUCCUGCCAGCCGCUGCCCUGUCCACCUGCUGCCUGCACCCACCCACGCCCUGGGCCCUGUUGCCCCUCCUGUCAGGGCUGUCUGUAUGAAGGGAAGGAGUUUGCCAGCGGGGAGCGCUUUCCUUCGCCCACUGCCACUUGCCAAGUCUGCCUGUGCUGGGAGGGUAGCGUCAGCUGUACUCCCCGGGUCUGCAAUCCUGUGCCCUGCCCUUUCCCCGCCAAGGGCGAAUGCUGCCCAGUCUGCGAUGGUUGUGAGUAUCUUGAGGAGUCCUACCUGAGCAACCAGGACUUCCCGGACCCCCGCCAGCCCUGUGGGCUCUGUACCUGUAUCAAGGGCUUCGUCACCUGCACCCGCCGGCCCUGUGAGCUGCCCAGCUGCAGUCACCCGAUCACCCUACCCGGACACUGCUGCCCCACCUGCCAGGGAUGCCUCUACCAUGGAGUCACAGUCAAGCCUGGAGAGACCAUUGCUGAUCCCCAGGACCCUUCCUGCUCACUCUGUAGCUGCCAGGAAGGUUCCAUGAGCUGCCAGAGGAAGCUGUGCCCGCCAGCACUGUGCCUGUGGCCGUCUCUGGACCCAUGUCUCUGCCCGGUCUGCCACAGCUGCAUCUAUCAAGGCCAGGAGCACCUGGACGGGGAGGAAUUUGAGGGCCACCCAGGCAGCUGUGAGCACUGUCGCUGUGAGGCUGGCCAGGUCCAUUGCACUAGGCUGCAGUGCCAACACCUGUCCUGUUCGCUGCAGAUCACUGAGCCGGGGAGCUGCUGCCCACGCUGCCGAGGCUGCAUGGCUGAUGGGGAGGAGCGCUCUGAAGGUGCCACCUGGGCGCCCCUCAGCAACCCCUGCUUCUCCUGCCUGUGCCUCGAGGGUGUGGUCACCUGCACCCCUAUCCAGUGUGUCAUCGUCUGUGCCCAGCCCCGCCAGCAGCCUGGAGAGUGCUGUCCCCGCUGCCCAGGCUGCCAGCACAAUGGACAACCACAGGAGCCAGGGAGCCGCUUCCAGCCUGGGGCAGACCCCUGCGAAGUGUGUGUGUGUGAGCUGCCACCCGAUGGUCCCCCAAGCCUCCGCUGUCAACGGCGCCAGUGUCCCAGCCUGGUGGGCUGUCCCCACGACCAGAUCCUGCCCCCACAGCCCCAGCAGUGCUGCCCAACCUGUGCCCAGGCGCUGAGUAACUGCACUGAGAAACUGCGGGGGGCUGAGUUGGUGCCCCCUGAGCCCUGCUAUACCUGUAAGUGUCAGGACCAGACUUGGCUCUGCAUGCACCAGGCCUGUCCUGAGCUCAGCUGUCCCCUCUCAGAGCGCUGGACCCCCUCAGGGAGCUGCUGCCCCAUAUGCCCAGUUCCAGCUCAGACCUGCCAACAUCAGGGCCGUGAAGUGCCCUCUGGGGCGAGCUGGGUGGUGGAUGCCUGCACGAACUGCUCCUGCGUGGCAGGCACCGUGCGUUGUCAGAGCCAGCGGUGCCCAUCGCUCACCUGUGGCCCCGAUGAGGCCCCUGCGCUACGUCCAGGAAAUUGCUGCCCCUGCUGCCUACCCCGGCCCGCUUCUUGCAUGGCCUUCGGAGACCCCCAUUACCGCACCUUCGACGGCCGCCUGCUGCACUUUCAGGGCAGCUGCAGCUACGUGCUGGCAAAGGACUGCGUUGGAGGGCAUUUCAGCGUGCAGGUGACCAAUGAUGACAGGGGCCGCAAGGGCGUGUCAUGGACCCAGGAGGUGACGGUGCACCUGGGAGACAUAUCUGUGGGACUGUUGCAAGGCGGCGCGGUCACGGUCGAAGGGCACCGGGUGGCCUUGCCCUUCCUGCAGGAGCCGCUGCUGUACUUGGAGCUUCGGGGACGCACCGUGAUCCUCCACGCCCAGUCUGGGCUCCAGGUUCUGUGGGAUGGGCAAUCCCAGGUGGAGGUGAGAGUGCCCAGCUCCUACCGGGGCCAAGUCUGUGGGCUCUGCGGCAACUUCAAUGGCUUUGCCCAGGACGACCUACAGAGUCCUCGGGGACAGCUGCUGCGCACAGAGGCUGCGUUUGGGAACAGCUGGCAGGUCCCAGAGGGGCCUGGGCCUGGCCGGGCCUGUUCCAAGGGCCGUGAGGUGGAUCCGUGCCGAGCAGCAGGUUACCGGGCCAGGCGCGAGGCUAACACCCGCUGUGGGGUGCUCAAGUCGGCCCCGUUCAGCCACUGUCACGCCGUGGUGCCCCCUGAACCCUUCUUUGCUGCCUGUGUGUAUGAUCUCUGUGCCUGCGGUCCUGGGUCCUCAGCCGAUGCCUGUCUCUGCGAUGCCCUGGAGGCCUAUGCCAGCCAUUGCCGCCAAGCUGGGGCGACACCUACCUGGCGGGGCCCCACGCUCUGUGCGAUGGGCUGCCCCCUGGACCGGGGAUUUGUGUUCGAUGAGUGCGGCCCACCCUGUCCUCGCACUUGCUUCAACCAGCAUGUCCCCCUGGGUGAGCUGGCUGCCCACUGUGUCAGACCCUGUGUGCCUGGCUGUCAGUGCCCAGCUGGCCUAGUGGAGCAUGAGGCCCACUGUAUCCUGCCUGAUGCCUGUCCUCUGGUGCUUGUCUCUGAGGAUCUAACUUCCAGCACCAGCUCAGAAGCUCAGGGCACCAAAUCCUGA